AUGAACAACGACGCCGACAGCCCCAGCCUCUCCCCCUCGACCGCGCUGCGGCACCAGCCGCGCCUCCAGCUGCCCGCGACAUGCGAGCCGCCGACGAGCGGCAGCGGCGACGCCAACACCAACCCGGUCAAGCAGGCGACGUGGAUCAUCUUCGGCGCGACGGGCCACAUGGGGCGGUCGCUGACGCGGGCGGCGCUGGCGCACGGCGACCGCGUGGCCGCCGUCGGGUGGACGCAGGAGAACACGGUCGAGCAGAUGAAGCGGUGGGAGGCCAGCAACGGGCCCAACUGCCUCGGCCUGCUGUGCGACGUGCGCGCCCGCGAGACGGUCGCUGCUGCCAUCAAGGCCGUCACGAACCGCUGGGGCUCUUUCGGCAUCGUGGCCAAUUGUACCGGCUACGGCGUCAUUGGCGCGUGUGAGGAGCAGGACGAGGCUGAGCUACGGGCGCAGGUCGAGACGAAUUUCUUCGGCACCGUGCAUAUACUUCAGCUCACCUUGCCGCUGUUUCGCGCUCAGCAGCAUGGCAGGUACUUGAUUUUUAGUAGCACGGCAGGCGCGUUGGGCGUGCCUGGGUUGGGGCCGUACUGCGCAACGAAAUAUGCAGUGGAAGGGUUGAUUGAAAGUAUGUUGUAUGAAGUGGAUGCGUUCAAUAUCAAGGCGACGCUGGUAGAGCCGGGGCAUGUGCGGUUGGAUGAGCCGGAGGAUUCCGACGGAGAGGGCGUCAAGUUAAAGCGGUAUGGCCACUUCUUUGUGAAGCCGGCAAGAGAACCAUACAAUGGCCCGACUGCACCCGCUGGACAUGCGAAGCGCAUGGUUCAAUGGCUGAAUGAUCGGCAACCCACUAGUGCAGUCAAGAGUGCCGAAUUGGUCUGGCAAUUGGGGCAUUGCUCAUAUCCGCCAUUGAGACUGUUGCUGGGCUCUUAUGCGGUAGACAGUAUCAGGGAUCGCUUGAGAAGUGUAAUCGAAGAGAUCGAGGAUUGGAAACAUCUAAGCUUUCCAGCAAACGCUGAGGAAGAACAGCAGUCAUCACAAAUGCCAGGUGGAGCCCAAGAAGGCGGAGAAUGA